CCCAGCCAUUGUCUCUGCUGUUUCCCACGGGUAACUCGAGGUCUCAGCAGUAAUGAGUCUGACAGGUGUAAUCACCCAGCAGCCCAUUACUGAACGUAAACCACUGCUAGGAUCGGGGACAUGGAGCACGGGACUCUGCAGCCUGGCUGACAAUGUACCUAUCUGUAUCCUCGGUACUUUCUGCCCCAGCAUCCUGGGCUGUCAUGUAGCCCAUAGUUACGGAGAGAAUUGCUGUUUGCCAUUGGCCCCCGGGGCUCUCAUUGCACUGAGAACCCACAUGAGACUUUCCUAUAACAUUGAGGGAACAAUUUGCAAUGAUGCCUUGAUGAUGCUGUUCUGUGGUCCAUGUGAACUCUGUCGAAUGGCUCGUGAGUUGCGUAACCACAAUGGGUAGCACUGAUGCUGCACAGAAGGACCAAGCCUCCAUAUCAAGAUUGGCAUGUACUCUGAUAAAGUUCAUAUGUUGUAGCGACAUAGAUCAUUGUGUGCCCCAAUAAAGAUUAUUCAUAUCUGAUA